CCACGUGCACUCAGCCUGGCCACUGAACCUGCCCUGUCCCACAAAAAAGGGUCCCUGAGUCUAGGACCCCUGGGGCAUCUGCUCCCCCUCUGCUCCUUGGGCACCCUGGGCUCCCCCGACCUCCCUGCCUUGGUUUUCCUGCUGGAGAGCAGGCUGGCAGCAUGGGAAUAGGGUGAUGGGCAAUCAGGAGAUCUCCAGAAGUUUGGGGAAGGAUGGACAUGAAGAAGAAGGAUGUCUGUGGGCUCUGGGUGUGGCUUGAUCCUGGCCACCUCCUGGGCUCCAUCCCAUGAACCUGGACCCACUCCAGCAGUGGCGUCUGAUCCUGCUGCCACCAGCCUAAGAAGCCGCCACCCCUUUGAGGGCACCGGGCUGUGGCUCAGCCUGGGGUAGAACACCAAUACAACCAAUCUCUGGCACUGAGGAUCCUGAGGCAGGAUCUGUCCCACCACUGACAGACCCUAGGACCAAUGGGAACAGCCAGGAGGGGGCCCCUGUGAUGCAUGUCACACUCCUCCCCAUAAAGAGUGGGCACGGGGCAGCACUUGGUCCUGGCGUGCUCUGGGCUGGGUCUCACACAAGGCUGCAUUCAACUGGAACUGGAGGGGACAGGGCCAGCACUGUCACCUAAGCCGGGCACAGGUUAUCCCUGCUCUUGUGUAACCUGUUGCAUAAAGCUGGCGUGGGCAGGAGGGCUGCCAGCAGUGGGGGCUAUAAAGUGGGUGCAGCCUCUCCUGCCCACAUCCACUCCAGGGUGAGGAUGACAGCAGCACUGCCCAGCCUGGUUCUAGCCCUCCUCUGUCUGCUGCAGGCAAGAGCCCAGGUCCCGGUGCAGCCGGACUUGGACACCAAGAAGUUUGCAGGGGAGUGGCAUGUCACAGCCAUUGCUUCCAACUGCUCCAUCUUCCUGAAGAUGAAGGCUGGGAUGAAGUCAUCCAUGGCCAUUGUGAGCUUCACACCAGAAGGGGACCUGGCCAUGAAGUUGGUCUGGCCCCUGAUGGACAAAUGCAAAGAGUUUGAGCUACUCUUCCAGCAGAGCGGGCAGGCGGGGCACUACAUAGGAGCACAAGAGAAGAGGAAUCUGAGUGUGAUGGAGACAGACUACAGCCACUACGCUGUCCUCCACAGUGUCCAGCACAGCGAGGCAGAGCCCAGCACGGCACUGCAACUCCUCACAAGGGAGCAGGACGUGAGCCCACAGCUCCUGCAGAAGUUCAUGGAGCUCAUCCCCACCAUGGGUCUGACUGAGGACAUGCUGGCCAUCCUGCCAAGUCAGAUCAAUGCAUGCACUGGGGACAUCAGCUGAAGGACCAUGUGUCCUCCAGACCUAGCAAACGAUGGGCUCUGUGCCCCACUCCGUGGUGCUCCUUCCCAUCCUCCAGGCUCUGCCAGACCCCCUGAUCCAUACCAGGAUCACCCUCAACCACCUAAAUAAAUAGAUGCAGAAGCUGC